UACCGAAGUGACAACAAUCACAAGGGAGUGAUAACCGCUGUCUAUGCUCUCGAUAUAUAUCGCCUUUUUCUACCUUAGUGGUCUCUUCUAACAGAUCCUGGAUUUUUGCAUCGUUGACAACAUUCUAAAGCUAUUUGACCGCUCUACCUGUUAACGUUACCACUUGAGCCCUAGCCCUGACCUGCGCUCGGCAACCCGAUCCUCGUCCCUGGGUACCUUGGACCUAAGAGGGUUCUCGUGCUUUCUUUACUACGUACAAACGGCUAUCACACUAAGCUUGUCAGGCGCGUGGUAACCCAUCACUACCUCGUAACACACGACAACCUUACAUGUUCUGGACGAAAGAAAAAUUUGGAUGCAGUGAGCAGUGACCUGACCUAUACCAUGCCGUGUUGUGGCAACAGCUAGAAACACAAGAUGGGUGACAUAGGCAGCGUAACAACCCAGAAGGCGAAGCCUAUCAUCGUGGCUGUAGCCUUCCCCGCAUUCGGACACAACAGCGGCAUGAUCCAUAUCUCGAGCCAUUUGGUCAAACUCGGUUUCAAGGUCUACUUUGUGAGCGGUUCUGAUUUCGAGGGCCCAAUCAAAGAAAGUGGUGCCCAAUACAUCGAGAAUACCUUCAACUUCGUCACCCCUGAUUGGUUGGAAGGUGUAUCUCAGCUGGAUGGUAUUGACAGCUUCCUUUUCGCCCUAAAGGAAGUGUUCUUGAAAUCGACGCCAACGGGGUUCCCGGUGCUCAGGGCCACGCUCGAGAGGGUCCGGGACGAGAAUCCGGGGCGCCAGGUCGUUAUGUUUCAUGAGUCCAUGGCAAGCUGCGUUGUUCCGUAUUACUAUGGAGCGCCCUUACCCAAGGGCUACGAUCAACUACCCAAGAUGAUCAACUUCCAUACAACGAUCAACUUUGAGCAGAGCAGCGAUGUGUUCCCCAUCGGCCCAGCACUGCCACCCGCAACAAGCGACAGGGAGCGGGCCACGGUCAAAGAAAUGUGGGAUUCUGUUAUCUCCAAAUCCACGACACUCAACGACUACGCCAGCGACAUCUACAAGGCCCUCGGUGCAACCAAGGACGUGACAGAUUUCUACUUCGACAGGCUCAUGAACAUUGGCGAAGUAACACUCUUGCCUUACAGCCCAAGCAUGGAAUUUCCACGCUCCGACGUCAACCCCAAGAUCAGAUUUAUUGGGACCCUGCCAGUGAAUCCCACUAGGCUCGACCUGGUAUAUCCAUCCUGGUGGCCUGAGAUCGAGGCCAACGCCAGACUCCCCGUCGAUUCAACCCAGCGUAAAAAAGUCGUUUUCAUUACCCAAGGCACCGUAACGGUCGACCAUACGGAGCUCUUAAUCCCUGCACUCUGUGCGCUUGCCUCUCGGAGCGAUCUCAUCGUCAUUGCCACGCUGGGCUCUCGUGGCAAAACGCUUCCCAGCAAUGUUAAAGUCGGGGCCAACGCGCGGAUUCUUGACUAUUUCUCUUACGAUGCCGUACUGCAGAAAGCAGACGUGUUUGUUACCAACGGGGGCUUUGGUAGCUAUUCCCACGGCGUCGUCCAUGGUGUGCCGAUGGUGCUGGCAGGUGCUCAGCUGGACAAGGCUGAUGUUAGUGCAAGGGCCGAGUACUGCGGUAUUGCUAUCAACCUAAGGACACAGAACCCGACGGAAGAAGCUCUGGCCGAGGCCGUCGAUAAGGUAUUGAGGGAGCCGAAGUAUAAGAUGCGUUCUGUUGAGAUCAAGAAGGAAAACGAGGCCUUAGACGCUCUAGGAACUCUUGAGAAGAUUCUGUUAAGCUAUGCUUAGUAAAAGGGUAGUGUUGGAAACCAAGGAUGGUUCUGAGGAGUCGGGUGGGGCACGUGCCUUAGGUAGGGCCCUAAUCUAUAUAUUAACA